CUCCGAUAGGCCGAGCCUUGAUUGGUGGAAUUACUGCUGAUAGAAGGCGGGUCGCCGCCGCCUCCGCGGAAGGAAGGAGGGAAGCGGGCGAGCCGUCGCGAAAGUGGCAUUGCGGUGUGCGAGGGUCCCUUUCCGUCUGCACCAUGUCUAUUAUGUCCUAUAAUGGGGGGGCUGUAAUGGCCAUGAAAGGAAAAAACUGUGUGGCCAUUGCUGCUGACCGGAGGUUUGGCAUUCAAGCUCAGAUGGUUACUACAGAUUUCCAGAAAAUUUUCCCAAUGGGAGACAGAUUAUUCAUAGGUUUGGCUGGACUUGCAACGGAUGUACAGACAGUUGCCCAGAGGCUGAAGUUCCGGCUGAAUCUGUACGAACUGAAAGAAGGCAGGCAAAUCAAACCACAGACACUAAUGAGCAUGGUGUCCAACCUCCUAUAUGAAAGACGGUUUGGACCUUACUACACAGAACCAGUGAUAGCUGGGUUGGACCCAGUCACGUAUGAACCAUUUGUCUGCUCCUUGGACUUGAUUGGCUGUCCAAUGACAACAGAUGACUUUGUGGUCAGUGGGACCUGUGCAGAGCAGAUGUAUGGCAUGUGUGAAUCCCUCUGGGAGCCUGAUAUGGAACCAGAACACCUCUUUGAAACCAUAGGCCAAGCUAUGCUCAAUGCAGUGGACAGAGAUGCUGUGUCUGGCAUGGGUGUGAUAGUCCAUGUGAUUGAGAAAGACAAGAUAACUACUAGAACAUUGAAAGCUCGCAUGGACUAACUGAAGUUAUAAUUAUUUCAAAAUGCUUGACAUUUUCUCUUCUGUGGUCUUAGCAGCUGGAAUGCUGAUCCUGUUAAGGAAACCAUGUAAUUUUGUAGUCAGAGAAAGCUCUUCAGACUAAAGUCUAUUGCUGGUAGAAUAAAGAAUUUUGCUAAGAA